AUGAACGACGCGGAGGCCGCUAAGGCUGAAGUGGAGGAAGAGAAAGUGGAAGAGAAGGUGGAGAAGAAGGCGGCGGAGGCUGAGACUGCUGCUGAGGCCCCCACGGAGGCGCCUGAGGAUGCCGCUCCGGGCAAGGAGCUUGAGCUGGGAGACGUGUUACCCCAGGUGACGCUGAAGAACCAGGAGGAGAAGGAAGUGGACGUGAAGAGUCUCAUCACUUCCGACAAGGGUGUAAUCUUCUUCCUCGUUCCCAAGGCUAACACUCCGGGGUGCACAAAGCAAGCCUGUGGUUUCAGGGACUCUUACCCAAGUUACACCGACCUUGGAUAUGAAGUUUAUUGCCUCUCUGGCGACUCUCCCGCAGCCCAAGCGAAGUGGAAAACCAGUCAAAAACUCCCCUACCCGCUGCUCUCCGACCCUUCGCACACGCUCAUCAAAGCGCUCGGGGCCUCCGCCGCCGGAAAGACCAAGCGCUCGCACUUUGUGUUCGAAAAGGGCUCGGGUAAGCUCAUCCUCAAGACGUUGGGCGUCAAGCCCGACGACAGCCCAAAGCAGGUGCUAGCCUUCCUCGAGAGCCACAAAUAA